AUGACCUUGCGUUAUACCGAAGGCGAUUUUAUGUGCAGGGAGUGUGGCAGCACUCGCCUCGAGUACGAUGACAACAAGUUCUGUUGCCUCACCUGUGGCACGGUCCACGACUGCUGGGAUCCCUUGGGGCUCAGCAGCAUCGACGAGGACGAACACGUGGAUGUGAGCCUCUUCGAGACCCAGACGAAGCAGGGCGUCAAAGGGUACGAA